CUACAUCUAAAAUCUAAACCUUGGAAGGCAGAGACACGCCAAACCUUGCCACCACCACAUAAGUACAGUAGUCUCCAGCUGUGGCUCUCAGAUGUUACAAUCGACUAUACUCAUUGGCUGUCUCUUCCUGUUUCUAAGUCAAUUGACAUCAUGCUCAUUGUACAAAGACGACAACGAAUUGACAAAUGUUCAUAUUUAUUUAUCUAAUUCAUUGGAUCAGUCGCCACAUUACAAGGACAAGUUUUUUUUUUACUUCAUCUUCUGCCAGAUUGAGUGGCAGAAUGCUGAUGUCAGUAUUCCUUGUGACCGAAUGCUAGCAUUGCACACACAAUAUCUUUAGGUGACGCACGCCCACGUAUGGCAUCAAUCAAGCCAUCAGGUCAGGACUACGGAACAGCCCGUUGCACGGCUUCAGCCUUGCUCGCCCAGAAAACCCCGGGUGACUGCUUGGUCACGGCGAAGGCAUGGUUAUCGGUAUCCUUUCC